AUGAAGUUCGGCUCCUGGACGUACGACAAGGCCAAGAUCGACCUGGUGAGCAUGCACAGCCGGGUGGACCAGCUGGACUUCUGGGAGAGCGGCGAGUGGGUCAUCGUGGACGCGGUGGGCACCUACAACACCAGGAAGUACGAGUGCUGCGCGGAGAUCUACCCCGACAUCACGUACGCCUUCGUCAUCCGGCGCCUGCCGCUCUUCUACACCAUCAACCUCAUCGUGCCCUGCCUGCUCAUCUCCUGCCUCACCGUGCUGGUGUUCUACCUGCCCUCCGAGUGCGGCGAGAAGAUCACGCUGUGCAUCUCCGUGCUGCUCUCGCUCACCGUCUUCCUGCUGCUCAUCACCGAGAUCAUCCCGUCCACCUCGCUCGUCAUCCCGCUCAUCGGCGAGUACCUGCUCUUCACCAUGAUCUUCGUCACGCUCUCCAUCAUCAUCACCGUCUUCGUGCUCAACGUGCACCACCGCUCGCCCCGCACGCACACCAUGCCCGCCUGGGUGCGCAGGGUCUUCCUGGACAUCGUCCCGCGCCUGCUCUUCAUGAAGCGGCCGUCCGUGGUGAAAGACAACUGCCGGCGGCUCAUCGAGUCCAUGCACAAGAUGGCCAACACCCCCCGUUUCUGGCCCGAGCCGGAGGGCCAGCCUGGCAUCCCAGGUGAUGCCCACGGCAUCGCCGGCCCGUCGCCCAGCCCGUCCUUCUGUGCCCCUCCAGACACACCGGCGGAGCCCCGGCCCGUCUGCAAGCCGCCCUCCGACCAGGCUCCCGCUACCCAGUCCUCGGAGACCAAGCAGACCAGCCCCGGUCACUCGCCCGGUUCGCGUGGGCUGCCCAACAGUGCCGGGGCCCCCGGGCUCGUCAAAGCCAGGUCCCUGAGCGUCCAGCACGUGUCCAGCCCCGGGGAGGCGGCGGAGGUCAGUGUCCGGUACCGGUCUCGAAGCAUCCAGUGCUGUGCUCCCCGAGACGGCCCUGCUUCUCCGGCCGAAGGUCCACCAGCUGGCUCCCCCACGUCGCUGAAGCCCCGCUGGACCCAGCUCCCCAGCCCAGCCCGGCCAUCUCCCUGCAAAUGCUCCUGCAAGGAGCCCCCACCCGUGUUCCCGGUCACCGUGCUCAAGACCCAAGGCGCCAAGGCCCCAGCCAGUCCCCUGCCGCUGUCCCCGGCCCUGAUGCGGGCGGUAGAGGGGGUUCAGUACAUUGCAGACCACUUGAAGGCAGAAGACACAGAUUUCUCGGUGAAGGAGGACUGGAAGUACGUGGCCAUGGUCAUCGACCGCGUCUUCCUCUGGAUGUUCAUCAUCGUCUGCUUGCUGGGCACCGUGGGCCUCUUCCUGCCGCCCUGGCUGGCCGGCAUGAUCUAGGCACAGAGUCGGGGGGCCCCGGGGGGCUGCAUGCCCCUGGCUCCGGGCUCGGGGGGUCACAGCCCUUGCCUGCUGCCCCCCAGCUCCCGAGCCUCCUGUGAGACGUCUUGAGGGAGCGCCUGCCUUGUGGGACUGGAAUUGGUGGUGAGGCUGCGGCCGUGUCCUGGGCUCUGUUCACGGGGCAGAGUCACACCCCGAGCCCGAUUAAAGUUCCUAGAGUGGG